CCUAAAACAUGCCAGAGCUUGAAACGAUUCUACAGUCCGCCCAUGUGAACAACGAUGAUAAGGAGAGUGCAAUAUAUGAGAUGGCACGGAUUAUCAUGAAUGAACGGGUCUACGAGAAAUUGGCCGAGCUAUGUCAGUCUUUGAGGAAGUUGUGGCCCAACCUUACAGGUGCACGCGCAUCAAAAAUAAUGAAAAAAAUCGUUGGCUUCAUUCCGCCGCAGGACUUCAACAUUGCUCUUCAUUUCGAGGAGAAAAUGAUCGAUUGGUGCCAGAAAGAGGAGUUGAAAUACCUAAAACUGUUUUUUCAGACGAAGCGUGUCGGGAUGCUCUACGAGAUCAGAGAAUAUGAGAAGUGCCUGGAGAAUAUAAGUGAACUGGCCACUGAAUUGAAAAAGAUGAACGAUAAGGCUAAUCUCAUAACACUGUACAUUUAUGAGAGUAAAACAUACUAUGAGAUGCAAAACAUGCCACGGGCCAAGGCCUCGCUGACAUCAGCACGCGCUCUGGCGGUCACCACGUUUUCGCCAUCCUACAUCCAGGCACAGAUUGAGCUGCUCGCGGGAAUGUACCUUUGCGAGGACAGGCAGUACACAUCGGCAUUUUCGAAUUUCAUGGAGGCCCUGGAUGGGUUUAAUCAGUCUAAGUGUUACUCAGAAGCGUGUCUGACAGUGCGGUAUCUUGUGCUCUCGAAGAUCAUUGCCAACAGAUGGAAUGAAAUCGGUUCGCUGCUGAAAAACAAGGGUGUACAGAGUUAUCUCGGCGACGACAUCAUUAAAAUACUUGUGAGGCUCGGUGAGUCGUGCAAAAAGAGAAAUCUUUCCGGAUAUGACAAAAUCAUAAGAGAAAACUACGAAACCAUAAAAGACAAUUUUAUUCUUUCGCACCUGGCGUAUCUAAACGAUCUCCUGCUCGACUCCAAUAUUCUAAAGCUAAUCGAGCCGUACCUGAAUGUAAGCAUCAGCUAUUUGGCCGAGGAGCUGAACUUUCCCGUGAGUGCCAUCGAGGCGAAGCUCAGGAAAUUGAUCUUAGACGGCAGGAUUAACGGGAUAUUGGAUUACUACACAGGUACUCUCGUUAUGUAUGAGAAGGGGGAAGACAGCAUGAUUGAAAAGAACUAUUUUGAGAUGGUGAAAGCAAUUUUACUGUCCGUUGAUUCCAAUAAUAAAUAAACAUGCAGCUCGUGUACUUUGUUUUUUAUCGCAUGUAGCGGCGAAAUAAGACAUCCUCCACCGCUGCCUGCAUGCCACUUUUUUACUCAACAACACCGCUCGAGUUAAUGGCAUCAGCAUCACAUUUUCCUUCUCAUGUGAUACAAGAGGGUGCAAUGCUAAAACUAGCCGCUCGAGCCGUUGACUGUGAACUAAAGCUAGCUAUCAGGCACGUUGAAGGUUGAUGCGCCCCCAUCUCGAUUUAAAGAAAGCAGUGCGGUGGCAACAAAACCUUUGCAAAUAUAAGGCCCGGUAAUCCGAAACUUGGUACGUUGAUUGUUGUUGUAGU